UAAAGAGUAAUUUUGACCAUCUAUAUAGAGGCUCUCUAAGUCUCUCUAUAUAUAACACCUACAAUCAUUUGCCAGAGAUUAAAUCCAAGAUAUAUGCUUAAGCUAUGGGGACAAAAACAAACAAAGAUAUUUUCUUCGAUGGAUUUGUAAGGGUUCUAAAAGAACAAGAAGUCGAUGUACGGCUUAAGGCAUGGGACAGUGAUAAGGACGCAGCUAUCUCUGGCCAUAAGCUUAUUCUGUCUGCAAGAUCAGAGGUGUUUAAGAGGAUGUUUGAAUCAGACAAAUGCAAGUCUUCGUCCAUGCUGGAGACAGUGACUCUCUCAGAGAUGAAACAAGAAGAGUUAGAGGCUUUCGUUGAGUUCAUCUACAGUGACGGCUCUGUGCUUUCAGAGAAAGCGAAGCAUCAUCUUAGGCCACUCUAUCGUGCAGCCGUCAAAUAUAAGAUUCCACAUCUACGCGACCUAUGCAGAAACGAGCUUAUAACAUCUCUCAACUCUUCGAAUGCUCUUCAAGUUUUUGAGCUCGCCCAAACACAUUUUGACCAAGUCCUCAGUGAUGCUGCCUUCACUACUAUCAGAACCAACAAAAGUACAAUUUUUAAAUCUACCGAUUUCAAGGAUUUCGUCGUUGAACACCCAAGUCUUACUGUGGCGAUCAGGAUAGGAACAUAA